GCGUUUACCGUCGUGCCGGAAGCGCGCGUGUUAGUCGUGUGUUGCGUGCGCCGUGUACAGACCAAAGGUUGCAGGUGGGCAAAAGCAGCAGCAGCACCGUUACAGAUCUGCAACCGUUACGGCGUCCUUCCGGAAGGGGGCUGUUGCAUCCUAGUUCCGCGUGUUGCAACCGGUGGUCGUGGCUGUUAGUACGGCGCGCGCUGCAAGCCAUCGAUCGGCGACGUUUCCCGCGACACAGGGUCAGGUCGGUAGGGGUCCAAAAAUAGUUUGUUAGCGAAACGUAAACGCUCCCGGACCAACGGUUUCCCCGGCGACCUGUGGGUGCUGGGCCGAAUGCCUGAAGGCCGUACUCGUGGUGGAGCAGUGUGGCAAACGACAUUUUCGUACGCUGGUUGUUCGGGAAAAGCGGGAAAUAUUUUUCUAUCGAGCUGCAGGGGUCCACUUUUUCAGUCGAAACGCUUACUCCGAGAGCUUCGGCAUCGCAGGGGCAGUGUGCAUUCAGUUGCUCGCUGUCGAAGAUGAUGUGCAAGUGCAUUCAAAGUGGGCCAAGAUUGAAGUUUGAUAACGUGCCAGUAGUGAUUGGUGUAUGUGUGUGUGUGUGCUUGUGCUAAUGGUGCUGUGUGUUAGGCAAGAAGUUUUCCGAUGCAAUGUUCGCUGUGGCAUCGCUGCAUCUGUGCGGUUCGUCGUCUAAAAUAAGCAUACUUGUGUUCUAUUAGUAAAUUGUGUGUGUGUGUGUGUGUGCUUGAUGUAAAUGUGUGAUUGUAUCUCAAUGUGAUAAAGGAAGCUUUUGCGUGUUUAUGAAAAGUGUUUCAGUGAGGGUUCGAAUCCUACUUCUUCAACCUUGUGUGCGAGCCUCGAAUUUCGCACUCGGUGGAACUCUGAAUGUCUGUGAUAAAUCCUCUUUUAUUUCUACAUUCAUGUGUAAAUGUGUGUGUGUUUGUGUGAAGGAGAGCAUUGCUACAUCCGCGUAUGAAAAGCUUAUGCGCUACUGGUUCCCUUUUUUGUAACAAAUAUACACAAACUAACGCCCGUCUUUAAGGAGGGAGAACAAGUGGCAUUAAGGGAUCGUCUUCUAUCCUCCUGUUGAAUGUCUAGAUUAUCGAGUAAUUGAACGCGUGUGCUGCGCUACCUUUGCUACGAGUAAAUAGAGCGGGAGGAAAGCCUUCCUGCCCCUACGCCCCAUAAAUCAACUCGUCGUACGUGACACGAACUAUAAAUAAAGUGUGCGAGUGUGUGUGCGCCCAAAAACGUAACGCCAAUCAAGGAACGGGUUUUCUUAUGAGCUUUUCCCUCCAACAACGCCAACAGAAAUUGAAUGUUGCUACUACUGCUGCUGCGGCUGCUGCCGCCGUCCGUUUGAUGACGGUUGAACCACAAACUCGUGUCGAGAAAGAAGUGAAAAAAAAACUCUAAAAGAAAGGAUCCCUUUUCGAUUGACAAAUUGCAAAACCUAGAUCGUGUACCGUGUUCAAGGGAAAAAAGAGAGAGAGAAAGGAAAGUGAGCUCACGGGACUUACGGGAACCGUUUGAUAAUUUGCAUUUUUUGGACAUUGGAGGUGGAAGAAUUUUUCGGCAAAACUCUAUUCCACGGGGUUUUGGCUUUCACUGGUCCGAGUUUGUGUGUGUGUGUGAGAAAGAGUUUUUUCUUCAUCCGGUGAUUGCCAGUGAAGCGUGCACGAUCGGAUCGAAGGCGGAUUAUUCGAACAUUAUGGAUGCAAACCGGGUCGGGUGGAAAAUAUUAUCAGUGCCGUGAUUUAUCCCGGGUCGUGCGUGCCGGUCCCGUGCGGGAAAUUCUUCGAUCUAGAAAGGGGGACCAAGUUUUGGCACAACCCCAAUCCCGCCCUCUUGCGGGCCUUGCGUGGCCAUAAUUGGAAAGGCCCGCCUGGGUCCAUGUGGAAAGGCGUUCGAGAUGGAACGUGGAAAACGUGGAAGUGAUCGAUAGACGAAAGAAAAAAAAUGAAAAAAAAGUGUAAAAUCGAAAGAGCCUAGAAUCUGGUCGAAUAUUCGAACGCCGUCAGUGAGUGGAUAGGAUUGUAAGCACCACACGCCAAACACUUCAGAAAGAGUCCAGGUGCAAAGGAGCAAUCACGAACGCUACCCUGUUUCCCCCCUCGCUAGUAAAUCCUGCGUGAAAGGUGUGAAGAAGCGAACCGUGUCCCAGGAAGAAAAAUAAAAGCGAAGAGUGAAAGGAUUCGCAAAUUUAACCUUUUUGCACCACGUAAAGCCACGUUCAUUUUUAGCACACACUCACACGUGGACACGUGAGCAAACGUAUCUUCGCAAACGGCGGGCCCGCUCGUGGCUGGAAGGAAGUUGGCCCCGGCGCAGAUGGAUUACCAGGCUGCCGGUGUAGCGACGCACCGACCCGGACAUGGAUUGUUGCUAGCGGACUGAAAUUAUGUUCGACUACCAGGGGAUCAGUUGACACUGUUUGAGCAACUUACGAAGCACGCACGGCACUAGGUAAAGAUGAUUGGAAGCGUCGGAGGUCGACACAUGU